AUGGGAAACCCUGAGAUCGAGAACAACUGCACGCUGUACAUCUGUACAGACAACUGCGAAACACCAUCGAUCAGCGAAAUCCAAAAAAAGCUAGAAAGCCAAAAUGUGGAAAAAAAAAUAGAAGGAAUGGAACACCUCAUAUUUAAUAUCAUACAAGGAGAGCCAUAUGGAAAUAUGCUCAUGUGUGUUAUUAGGUUUAUAGUACCUCAUAAGGAUCAUCGAUUAAAAAAAUUGAGUCAUAUUUUUUUUGAAGUUGUGGACAAAUGCAAGAGUGAUGGUAGCUUAAAGGAAGAAAUGCUUCUCGUGUGUAAUGCUUUGCGGAAUGACAUCAUUUCACCAAAUGAAUACGUCAGGGGGUCCACUCUGAGAUUACUAAGUAAGAUAAAAAAUCUUAAAAUAAUCGAGCCUUUAAUAGAAGCCAUUACGAAGAACCUGAACCAUCGACACAGCUAUGUUAGGAAGAACGCAAUUAGUUGUAUCCAUACGAUUAUAAAGGAGCAUGGAAGUGAUGUGAUCCCUAACUCGGUUAAAGAAGUGGAGAAGAUAUUGUUUUUAGAAAAUGAUAUAUCGACCAAACGUAGUGCACUUUCCAUGUUGAUUGAUGUCGACCCGAUGACUACACUGAAGUACAUCCUCUCGCUAAACGAUCAACUGUACGAUACUGCUGAUGUCAUUCUGCUUGAGGUCAUUCACCUGUUUAAGAAGCUGUAUAUUCCACACGUGUUUGAUAAUUCGUAUUUGUUAAUAAAUGACGAGGAUGAAGAGAAUGAGGAGGACAAGGGGGGACGCAGCAGAGUUGGCGCUAUCCCAGGUGUGGCUUCCAUCAUCGGGUCUCCUUCUCCCCAGGGAGGAGAUGAAGAAGAAGCGGGAGAAGAAGGAGAAAAAACAGAUGGGUAUCAGUCCGAUGGAGAAAUCGACCUCUUCGCAUAUCUACUCUCCGGAGAUGAGAUCCCCCUUCAACAGGGAGACGUACCCAUGGGGAAGAAAACCAAGCAUAUUACUGGAGUGGACCAGAAGAAUGGAAAUCACCUACUUAGUGGGAGUAACCCCAUGGGAAAGACAAACCACACGAAUGAAACGAAUGGAGGAAUGCUUAACGUGCUGAGUGAAGAAAUACAAUUUAGGAGGAACAAGCUAAACGAAAGCGAUUACAAUCAAUACAAAAACAACGUCAUUAAAAUUCUUCUUAACAUGAUGAGCAAAAAUGUCAGCAACAGUGUGUUGUAUGAGGGUGCUUGCUGUCUGCUUUAUAUGAGUACCUCUGAGGUUAGCAUAAAAACGGCUAGCGAGUGCUUCAUUAAGCUGCUAAUUAACCAACACGAUAAUAACAUCAAGCUGAUUGUAAUCGAUAGGUUGUAUUAUAUCAUGUGCAAAUGGAAGAAGGUGCUCGAAAACUACGUCAUGGAUUUACUCAGGGCAUUGAACUUCCCCUCGAGAGAUAUUAGAGUAAAAAUUUUAAACUUGGUUCUACACAUAUUGAGCAGUAGGAAUGUACACUUAGUGUUGGGCGUUCUGAAGAAGGAGCUUCUUAAACUGAACAGUACAGUGAUGUAUAGCAAGAGCGUUUUUUCUAGUGCAGCUGGAAACAGUAACGCGGUGGGAGGUUCCUCCAGUGUAGGCGCGAAUGGAGGAACUCCCUCCCCAAACGGAGUCCCCAACACGGUUAUGAGCAACACAGGAGAGACCAACUCCGUCGGUAAUAAUAACCUCUCAACUAAUUAUCAAGAAAUUAUUAGUUAUAAGAAAAUAUUACUCAAGUCGAUGCAACACAUAUGUAACAUGUUCUCGAAUGAGUGCCUAAGUAUGGUAGACUUGCUACUAACCUACGUGAAUGAUGAAGAGAAAGAAAUAAAUUACGAAGCGGCAGUAUGUAUUAGGAAGCUAGCUAAUAAUCCUUCUCUUCAGAGUACCAUUUUACAAAAAAUCGGGGAAGCUAUAUUUGAUGUGAAGAAGCCACACAUUCUGAGGAUUUUCUUUUGGGUCCUCGGACAAUACAUGCAAGGAGAAGAAGCUAUUUUGCAAUUCCUUGACAAGCUAUAUGAACAUCUACUUCCCCUCCUUGGUAGUAACAUCCAAUCGGAUAUUAUUAACAGAUUACAGAGUGAAAAAUUUAAAAACAAUAAAAUGGUGAUGAAUUUUAACUCGCCUUCUUCGUCUGCCUCUCCGGCUAUUCAAGCCAAAACGGUCAUAUUGGAAGAUGGGACAUAUGCCACUGAAGCAGUGUUGAAAAGUCAAAGUCAGCGUGCAUCCCCUGGGGAUGACACCCUUGGAGAGUUAAACUCCUUUGCUUACAAUUUGCUUUCGGACAAUGAUGAUUUGUUGCUGUCCGUUCUGUGUGUGUGUGUUACUAAGUUGCAUUUAAAAUUGGUGGCCAUGGUUGGGGGGGAGGCCUUCCGCUUUUUGGGCCCCCCCUUUGUUAAGCCUCGCGUGGGGGGCGGCGCAGAGGAAGAGGCCCCCACGAACGCCGCGAACGGCGCGAACGCCGCAAACGGUGCAAACGGUGCAAACGCCGCAAACAGCGCAAACAGCGCAAACGCCGCAAACAGCGCAAACAGAGCAAACGUGUUUAGGAACAAAGGCAUUUACAUCCUCGCCAGCAUGAUCAAGUACCUGACGCAGAAAAAUGCAAACAAGAGCUCCCUCGAUGUGCACUACAACGACAGCAACGUGGUGAGGGUUAGGCAGUGCCUCAAAAUACUUCUCAAUAUCACGUGUAACAUGAGCAGCAUGGAGGACUCCACGAAGAAGCUCAUAUUGACGUUCCUCAGUGGGAAUGAGUACUACCAAAGGUUCCUUCAAAAGGAGGAGGAAAAGUACAGCAGCGUUUAUAGCGGCGUUAAUAGCGGCGUUUUUAGCAGCGUUAAUAGCAGCGCUUACCGCCAGCUAGGAGCAGCCCCCACAGGCACAGGCGUUUCCCCCCUUGGGGAGAAGGCCAAAGAUGGAGGUAACCUCGGAGAAGAAUCUAUAGACACAUCCAAAGGAGGAGUGACCACCCUGCCUCUUCCAACACAACCCAAUGAGAACAAGCAGAGUGUAGAUGACGAAAUGUACUUCCGCAUCCUCAAGGAGAAAAAAAAUGUCUUAAAUAUUCUGGACGAAAGAUCCAUGCUGAUGGAGGAAAGAGCUGCUUUCAUGGACGAAAGAGCUGCGAUGAUGGAUGAGAAGUUGGAAAACCUGAAACUGAAGUACACCCUGAGUAAUGACAUCCUUUUUGAAGAAAACGAAUUUAAGUUCCCAUCAUUUAAGCACAACUACUCCUCCCUUUUCAUGGCCAAGCUAUACAACUCACAAAGGCUAACAGGCACAGAUGACGAUCUCUUUAUUGAAGCCGUCCCGAUAGUCUCCAACAUUAACUUAAUUGUCGAGUUUUAUGUAUACAACCAAUCGGGUGCCUACCUACAGAGUAUCUUCAUUAGCUUGUCGACUCAUGGGAACUUGAAGCCAAUCGAUAAAAUCCCUGAGUUUAAUUUGGGUCCAAAUGAGAAACGGAAAUUUAAGAUUACCGUGAAGGUGCACACGACUGAGGCAGGCAUCAUUUUUGGUUAUGUGUUUUAUGAACGCAAGAAUGAAAAUAGGAAGAAUUACAUCGUGCUCAGUGAGCUCAAUAUCAAUAUGACGGAUUACAUUAACGUGUCGUUCAUAUCGUCCCACCUCUUCCGCAUCAUGUGGUCCGAGUUCGAGUGGGAGAACAAGAUCAACAUUAACACGUCCAUCAGCGGUGGUUACGCUUAG